CAACAGGAGAAACGAUUUCGGUACGACCCAGCAAGAUUGUGGCCGGCCAUGAGGCGGACAAAACCAAUGCUUGGUUACAGGCUCUUGGGAAGGCGAUAUCACAAAAUAUUGACUCGUCCCAGGCAGUAGAGCAAGUUCUUAGUGGAGCCAAGGCAGAAAAAACCAAAAAAGUGGAUAAGAAGUCCGACAAGAAGCCCGAUAAAGAGAAAUCUGACAAGAAAUCGGAUAAGUCUAAGAAAGAGAGCUCCAAAAGCAAAGAUGACAAGGAGAAAUCCAGUAGAAAGAGCAAGGAUGAUAAAGAUGAGACAAAGAAGAGCAGCAAGAGCAGUAAAGAGAAGAGUAGCAAGGAGGAGAAGGACGAUAAAAGUAAGAGGAAGUCGAAAAGUGGAGACGGAUCACCGGAGAAAGCAAGGUCCUCGAAGUCAAGAGCAUCAAGCAGAAUGGGCAGUGUGAAGGAGCUGGAAAAGGAGAAUUCACCGCCGCAGGAGAAAGCAGUGGAUGAGGAGAUCAUUCCCAACGGACAUGUGGAGGAAGAACAGGUGAAUCCUCCCCCAAGACUAAAAUCAGCACGGCCACCAAGCGCACGCCCAAAGGAUAAUGGGGCAGCGUUGGAUGAGGGCAUUAGCCCCCAGGAGGUUCCCGUAGAUGAGGGCAUUGUGUCUCAGGAAGCCAACCCUGAGAACCCUGACCUCCAGGAGCCUCUUCUUGAGGGUAUUGGCACCCUUGAGGGUAUUGGCACCCCAGAGGAGCCUGAGCCUGAGGUACCAGUACCCCCUCAGCCUGAGUCCCUUGCCAAUGAGGUAGACGACACAGGUCUGCGCAAUGCAGCAGAUGAUAGUGCCAACAUGUCUGCAGGACCAGAGUCUCUCCUGCAAGUUGAUGGUAAUAUUCAGCCAGCAGAAGAGCCACCUAUUAUACCUGUGGGGGAGAACAAUAACAUUGACCCUGCAAUUCUCAAGGCAAUGGGAGAUCCAAAUAAUGACCCCUUGGCAAACAUGGGAGAGGGGCAGCUGACAGCUGAGGCACCAGACUCAGGCGUAGGUUCCUUAGAGUCGCCAAAACAUGGGCCAAAGGAAGCUGAACCCCCAGACAGGUUGCCCUCCGCUAGGCCAGGACCUCAGCCCAUGAAAGCAGUCGAGAUGUUUGGUGGAAGUGAGGGUGCAGUCGAGGUCCCACCCCUUGUACCUCAAGUUCCUAUUAGCCAAGAAGACCCACCACAGACUGGAGAUGUAAGUAGAAGACCACGAACUGGUCGGCGCUCUGCUCGACCUCCAAGUGCUCGUCCAGCACCCCCUAGGGUGAGAGAGCGUCGAGAGAUCCCUAAAGAGGAGCUGCAGCGGCCCCCCACUAGCAAGCCAGUGGCCAAUGUUAUUCUAGCCUCCAGUGAUGCAGGAAAUGAGGACGAAGAUGACAACUUUACUGUAGAAGAGUCAAAACCUAUGUUUGAGGAGGACCCGAUACCCCUGGACCCCAUGGGAGCCAGUGGGUCAGCAGUGGCAGCAGCAGCAGCAGCGGUUGGGGAAGAUGGAGAUGGAGCGGGUCUUUUAGUGGCACAGAUCCUGGAGUCAAAGAAGGAGCUUGAGGAUGGCAGACGUAAUGCUUAUUCCCCUGAGACACCUGGUCAUCGACGAGUACAAAUUGAAAAGUCACAGUUGAGUGAUGCUAACCGAAGGAAAGAGAGGGAGAUUAUCCAAAAGGAUGUACAGAAAUUGGUAGGCUCCAUCCAGUCAAUCACUAGAUCUGUUAAUCCUUUGGCAAAAAUGUUAGACUACCUACAAGAAGACUUAGAUUCAAUGCAGAAAGAGUUAGAAACUUGGAGAAAUGAGAACAAGCUGCUCGCUCAAACCCUCAAGCGAGAACAGAGUUUAACUGAUCAAGCACUUGAACCCCUGAAAAUUCAGCUGGCAGAACUAGAAACAGCAGUGCAGGAUCAGAGGGACAAACUUUCUGCUAUCAAAUCCAACAUCCUGCGCAACAAUGACAAGAUUUCACGCAUGAUGACAGGCAUUAACCAGAAUGUUUGAUCUUCGUGUUUACAGAAGGGUUUACUUUGGACUGUGUAUUGAAGGGUAUUUGGCUGGGGAGAGAGAGAGCGAGAGAAGUAGAGAAUGAGAGAACUAGAGAGCAAGAGAACUAGAGAGCAAGAGACUAGUUGGGGUGAGAGAGAGAGAGAGAGAGAGAGAGAGAGAGAGAGAGAGAGAGAGAGAGAGAGAGAGAGAGAGAGAGAGAGAGAGAGAGAGAGAGAGAGAGAGAGAUUAAAAUCCCAGUCUGUUUACAAAUAUAUGAUUGAAUGGAAAGUCAUUACUUAAUUCUUAAUAUUAUGAAUUAUGUCUAUUAUGAAUCCGUCUAAAUGAUGUACUUGUUAUAAACUCCAAAGUAUUAUUGGAAAUAGCACAGUACUAUGCAUUACUGUAUUUAUAGUUCCAGUAAUAGAAUUUGAAGAAAGUACACACAUGUGUAAGAAGGAAAAUAUUUUUUUCAAACACCUAGAUGUAUUAUCCUUGAAGUAUGGUCUUUAUACUCCACAUUUUCACGUCACAUUACUAUCACAAUUACUAUCAGCAUUGAGGAAAGAAAAAUGCCACUUGAGCAAGGUGCAGGACAAGAAUAACAAGUAACCCUUCACAUAGCCAUCUUCUUGGGUGAUGUCUACUCACAUGUGAUAGAGGAAAGUUCAAAAUGUAGAUGAGCUGAGAAAAUGACAUUUCUCCCAUUUUAGUUAAUAAUGCAGACUGCCGUACUUUUAUGAACUUGGAACUUAAUGUUGCUCUCAACUAAAAAAUGAUUUAAAAGAAAACUUAGUGUAGUCUUGUAUCAAAAGAGAAAGAGAAGAAAAGUAAUGUUAAAAAAAAAAAAAAAAUAGUCAUCUCAUAUUAGAAGAGAA